AUGGGUUUUGUUAAGAAUGCUCUCUACUACACCUUCCAUCCGAUCCAAUUGAGGUCAAUCAUUCAAUGGAAGGUUUGGCACAACCCGCCGCACGAGCGAAAUGAUAAAGACGACACCGUGACGCAGAAGAAAUGCUUCGAGUUCUUGGACUUGACCAGUCGCAGUUUCAGCGCGGUCAUCAAGGAGUUGCACCCGGAGCUACUGUUCCCCGUGUGUGUUUUCUACCUUGUUCUUCGUGGUCUGGACACCAUUGAGGACGACACCUCCAUUGACCUCAAGACAAAGGAGCCACUUUUGCGCGGCUUCAAGGAUAUCCUGGAGCAGGAUGGCUGGACCUUCAACGGAAACCGCCCCGAGGAAAAGGACCGGGAACUGCUGGUUCAGUUCGACAACGUGAUCGCCGAGUUCAAGAAUAUGAAGCCUGCCUACCAGGCUAUCGUAAAGGACAUCACCGACAAGAUGAGCAAUGGUAUGGCCGACUACUGCGUCAAGGCGGAGAGCGACGAUGCGAGUGUCAAGACCAUCGAGGAAUACGACAUGUACUGCUACUAUGUCGCCGGAUUGGUCGGUGAGGGUCUGACCCGCCUCUUUGUCGAGGCUGACUUGGCAAACCCUGCCCUACUCAAACGCGCCCGUCUCCACAAGUCGAUGGGCCUGUUCCUGCAGAAGACCAACAUUAUCCGUGACAUUCGAGAGGACUUUGACGACGAGCGACGAUUCUGGCCCCAGGAGAUCUGGUCUAAGCACGUCGACAAGUUUGAAGAUCUCUUCAAGCCCGAGAAUCGGGAUGCGGCCCUCAACUGUAACGCCGAGAUGAUUCUCAAUGCGCUCGAACACGUUGAGGACUGUCUAUUUUACCUGGCGGGUUUGCGGGAGCAGAGUGUGUUCAACUUCUGUGCCAUUCCUCAGGCCAUGGCCAUUGCUACUCUGGAGCUGUGCUUCCGCAACUACGAUGUCUUUGAGCGCAACGUUAAGAUUACCAAGGGUGACGCGUGUGAACUGAUGGUGCAGUCGACACAAAACCUGCAGACUCUAUGCCAGACUUUCCGCACGUUUGCUCGUAAGGUCCACAAGAAGAAUACCGCGAAGGACCCGAACUUCCUGAAGAUCAGCAUUGAGUGUGGCCGGAUCGAGAAAUUCAUCGAGACCAUCUUCCCUACCCAAAAUGCUGCCGAUGCCCAACGCCGUGUUACUGGCGAGCUUACCGCGGAGCAGGCCAAGAAGCGCGAGGUCGAUGCCGAGAACAAGUCCGAUAUCUAUUUCAUGAUGGCCCUCAUGGGUGCGGUCAUUUUCUUUGUCGCGGGCACUAUGAUAUUUGCGGCUUGGUGGAUGGGCGCUCGAUUCGAUCUAGCUUGGCAAGAACUCAGGUCGGGCAAUCUUCGUCCGCCUCCCCAAACCCAGGAGAAGAUGGCGCGAAAGCUGGCUGCUGCGUCCGCUGCUGCCAUCGGCCGGGACGAGCUGUGA